CGCCGCCCCCCUCCCCCCGCCCCUCCCCCCCCCGCCGGCCCUGCCCCCUCGCCCGCCCCUCCCCCACCCCCGCCGGGGGGAGGGGGGCGACGCCGGGGCCUUGCGGCCUUGGGGAGGGGGCGGCGGCGCCGGCAGCGGCUUCAGCAUGGCCGGGGCGGGCGGCGGGGGGGCCCCGGCGGGGAUUUUGGGGCGGAUUCGGGGGUUUUUGGGGCCGCCGGGGGCGCGCGGGGCCCGAGGCCGCGCCGAGCCCUGAGGGGCGGAGGGAUCCGCGCGGGAGCGCCACUGAACCCUGCCGCGGAUCCUUCCGCCAGCACCCCAAACCCGCUUCAAACGCAGCGCUGCGGCCGGGAACCCCCUCCGAGCGCUUCCUCGCCGUCGAUUUCCCCACAAAUCCCCAACGGCGGCGCCAAAACCCCGCGUUUUCACCCCAAAACGCGCCCCUCCGCCGCGUCAAAUAGUCCCCUGCCCCCUUCCACAGCAGCGCGCAUGCGCGCGGCUGAACCUCCCACUCCUCCGCGCCGCCAGGGGGCGAGCAGACGAUGAGGCGGAAGCGGAAGCGGCGCUCGCUGCCCUGUGGGCGAACCCGGAAGCGGAAGCGGCGCGCUGUGGCUGUGAGGGAGAGGAGGGAGGAAGAGGAGGAGGAGGAGGAGGAGGAGGAGGAAGAGCGGCCGGGGCUCGCCGAGGUUCCCCCGCCGCUCCCCGAGGCCCCGGAGGCGCCGAGCGGCGGCGGGCCGCGGAGAGGCGGGGCCGCCAUGCGCCCCCCCCCGCCCCCCCCCAGCGCCAUGAGCGGCCCCUCGGGGGGGGGGUCCCGACCCGAGCCCCAAAACCCCCAGAAUUCACCCCAAAAUUCACCCCAAAACCCCCAAAAUCCCAAAAAUCCGCCCCAAAAUCCCAAAACCCCCAAAAAUCCGCCCCAAAAUCCCCCAAAUUUCACCCAAAAAGCCCCAAAAUCGCCCUCGAGCCCCUCCAAUUUCGCCCAAAUCCCCCCAAAUUUCGCCCAAAUCGCCCCAAAUUUCGCCCCAAAUCUCCCAAAAUCUUCCCCAAACCCCACGAAUUUUCCCCAAAACCUUCGGGAUUUUGACAAAAAUCCCCCAAAUUUCCCCCAAAAUCCCCCGAAUUUCGCUCAAAAUCUCCCAAAAUCUCCCUCAAGCCCCUCGGUUUUUCACCAAAAUCUUCAAAAUUUGACCCAAAAUCCCUCAAAUCUCUCAAAUUUCACCCAAAAUCCCUCAAAUUUUGCCGAAAUUACCCCAAAUUUUCCCCAAAACCUCCCAAAAUCUCCCUCAAAUCCCUCAAAUUUGAUCGAAAUUCCCCCAAAUUUCACCCAAAAUCCCCCAAAUUUCACCAAAAUUCCCCCAGAUUUGCCCCAAAACCCCUCAAAUUUGACCCAAAAUCCCCCAAAUUUCACCCAAACCCUCCCAAGAUCGCCUUCAAACCCCCCAAAUUUCACCAAAUUUCCUUCAAAUCCGCCAAAUUUUGCCCAAAAUUCCUCAAAUUUUGCUGAAAUUCCCCCAAAUUUGACCCAAAACAUCCUAAAAUUGCCCCAAAAUCCCCCAAAUUUGGACCAAAGCCCCCCCAAAUUCUGCCAAAAUUCCCCCAAAUUUUGCCCAAAAUCCCCUGAAUUUCCCCAAGAUCCCCCAAAUUUCUCCCAAAAUUCCCCAAAUUUCGCCCAAACUCCACAACUUUUAUCCAAAACCUUCCAAAAUCGCCUUCAAAUUGCACAAAUUUUGCCAAAAUUCCCCCAAAAUCGCCCCAAAAUCCCCCGAAUUUUACUCCAAACCCUCCAAAUUUGACCCAAAUGCCCCCAAAUUUCGCCGAAAUUCCCCCAAAUCCCCCCCAAAACCCCCCAAAUCUCCCCCCAGACCCCCCAAAGUCGCCCCAAAACCCCCAAAAAUCUCCCUCAAACCCCCCGAAUUUGACCCAAAACUCCCCAAAAUCGCCCCAAAACCCCCAAAUUUGACCCAAAACCCCCCAAAUUUCACUCAAAACUCCCAAAAAUCUCCCUCAAACCCUCCAAAUCUCCCCCAAAAUCCCCGAAAUCUCCCCCAAAACCCCCGAAAAUCGCCUCCAAAUCCCCCAAAUUUUGCCAAAAUUUCCUCGAAUUUCCCCGAAAACCCCACAAUUUUUACCCAAAACCCCCCAAAUCUCCCAAAAAUCCCCCAAAUUUCGCCGAAAUUCCCCCAGAUCUCCCCCCAAAUUUCGCUGAAAUUCCUCCGAAUUUCACUCAAAAUCCCCCAAAUUUCGCCGAAAUUCCCCAGAUCUCCCCGAACCCUCCCUAAAUCUCCCCCUAAAU